ACUUUUCUACUUCAGCUAGGACAUAAUUCAAGUCAAAUCAUGAUCUGAGCAGCAGGGUCUGGGGAAGUAUAAGAGUAUUCCAAGGCAAUAUGGCGAGCUGGCACUGUUUGCUGCUGCUGUGCACACUAAGUUUAGUGCCGGCCUCUGGAGAGGAGACGAAAAAUGAUGAUGACAUCGACCUUGUCAGCUUUCUGAGAAGUAUCUACCCCGGGCUUCCAGUGAGAGACGAACCGUUCAUCAUCAACCGACACUUUGAGAUAAACUCCCUUAAGGCGCUGGGACGCCUGGAAGACCUUUCAAUCACGAAGCAAAGCGAGGACAAGCCAGUCAAUCAGGACACAAACGGGGCUCCUGGACCUCUGGUGUUAACCAAAGAUGGUCAGAUCAAGGGAAUUACGGUGGAUAAGGCCCAUAUAUUUUACGGGAUACCGUUUGCCGACCCGCCUGUUGGGGCUUACCGCUGGAAGCCCCCCAGACCUGUGAGUCCUUGGCCGGGGGUUUAUGAUGCCUCCUUCCCCAGGGCAGCAUGCAUGCAGGCCUGCAGUGGACCUAUCACUGAGGAGUGCCCUCGGAUAGUCAGCGAGGACUGUCUGUACCUCAACAUCUUUGUCCCUCUGGAUGUGAACUUCAGCUCCCCUCUGCAGAGCCCACUGCCUGUCAUGGUGUGGAUCCAUGGUGGGGAUUUUAUCGCCGGCUCUGCCUCCAAACCGCUGUAUGAUGGACGCUUCAUCAGUAACUUCACCCACACUGUUGUUGUAAGCAUGGAGUACAGACUGGGUGCCUUUGGGUUCCUUGUUUCGGGCAAAGACCCUCACUCCUCAGCUGCGGGAAAUUAUGGGAUCUUGGACCAGCAAGCAGCUUUUCUUUGGGUCCAGCGGAACAUUGCUGUGUUUGGAGGUGAUCCCAGCAAGGUGACAAUAUUUGGAGAGAGUGCAGGUGCUCAGUCAGUGAGCCUUCACCUGAUGAUCCAGAGCAGUAAGCCCCUGUUUAAACAAGCUGUCCUGCAGAGCCUGCCCUUCUCAAUCCCUCUGAAGACCAGACAUGAUGCCCUGAAGCUGGGAAAGGAGUUUGCUAAACAGACCAACUGCUCUGUGAGCGACAUCGUCUGCCUGCUGUCUCUUACUCCACAGGCCGUCCUGACCGCCCAGAUGAAAACAAGUUCCAAGAUUGUGAACCCGUUCAGGUUCCUGGAGGUUUUUGAGACGUGGGGUCCAUAUAUUGAUGGGGAUUUAAUAAAAGAACAGGCUGUCAUUGCCUUCCAGAAGGGCCACUGGCAGAAAGAGAAGCCAGUGCUGUUAGGUACAACCUCAGAGGAGGGGGUGAUCUUUGUGUACGGUGUCUUCAGUAAGCCAGUCUCUGCAGUGGAGUGCACUGUGUACAUUACGGCCAUCUUUAAACAGCACGCUCUGCGGAUCCUGCACAAGUACCUGCCCCUGUACAGGGAUGCUGAUCGAAGGGAUAUGCUAGCUCAGAUCGUCACCGACUACGUCUUCCUGUGUCCAUCCAGGAGGUCGGCACGUGCCGGCACAGCAGUGGGCAGCGAGGUGUGGAUGUAUGUGUUCGACCACGUGGCGUCAGACCACCGCGUCUGGUCAGGUCUGACUUUCUGCUACCAGCACGCCUGCCAUGGUGCCGAGCUGCCCUUCCUCUUUGACUCAGCCACCGUGGCCAACUUCACCCUGCAGCCGCCAGAGAAGCUGCUGUCCAAUCGGAUGCUGUGUUACUGGGGCGCAUUCGCCCACACUGGAGACCCUUCCUCGCGAGUCCGACAGACAACCUUCUGCCGGGAGCAGCGUCUGCCUGUUUGGCCGCGCUACUCUGACACCAGUGGCUGGCUGGUCAUGAACCUGACAGUGCGUUCACAUGCACAAGUAGGAACCAGGAACCAUAUAUGUGACUUCUGGGACAAACUGGGCAUCUACUAGUGAGGAGAUAUACGGG